GAUCGACCUACUUCCACACCAUUCAAUAACAGAGUCCACCCACCAUGCAUCCCCAUCUCCAUCGCGAAGACCAAGGCGGCUGCGAAGAGCUCAUGAACGCACUCGAAGCAUGCCACGCACGAGGAUUCCUCUGGAAAUCCAUGGGAAUGUGCAGCGAUGCCAAAACCCAAGUCAACAAAUGCCUGCGCGCCGCGCGCCUCGACCGUACCGCACAUAAUCGCGAAGUGGCGAAGAAGAAGCGAGAACAUAUGAAUAAGGUCUGGGCGGAAAUUGAUGAAAAUUCUUGAACAGGCGAAGAAAGAAAGCAUACGGUUUGAUGAUGGUGUAAAUGUGAGGGAUACCUACCUCUUCGAAAGAGGAGGGGCGAGGUUUCAGACUUCACUCUAUGGGAUUAAGAGGCGGAAAGAUGGCAUUCAAGAAGAAUUCCACGCAGUGCGGAGCGAUGAUACCCAGGGCGGCAAUUGCAUGACGGGAAGGUUUUGAGCAGACGCGAGGCAGGAUGGCUGAAGAGCAAACAAAUCGUGACUGUGGACUCGAUAUGCGCCCAGAGAGGAGCCGGAACUGAGAUCAGCACGCAGUGGUGAAGACGACGAAAAGCGAGGUUUUCGGACUCACACCGGGGGAAGGGCAUGGAGAUGAUCCACAGGCAGGCUGAAGCGAGCUACGACGUGUACGAUAGGUAAUGAAACCGACCAACGGGCAGCAAGCUGGAGCUCUGGAAAUAGCUUCGCUGAACUCUUCGAGAUAAAAACGAGAACCACAUC